UGACUUUGUGGGUGUGGUAACCUGUAAAAACCAUUUCCGCGGGUUGAGUCGCCAUUCUUUGCGUCCUUUGUACGUUCAUAAGUUGUCUCCAAGUCAGCAAGUAGUUGUUUCGCGAUUAGACAAAUUUACAGACUGUCAAACAAAAUCGAAUCUUUUCCUACGAAAGCUGAAUAAUAUUACGAACAAAUAGCUACAAUCAAUCCAGUUAAAGCUCGACGGACGAUAAUCGGAGUGGAAAUACAUUGGUGGUGUCCCUCAUCAAAAGCUAAAAAUGAUCACCAGGCGAAGAGGUCGUUCAGAUGUGGAGAUGCACUCUUCAACUUGUCCUUUUGAUGUUGAAGUCACUGACUUUGUUGAAAUGAUAAAUGUUAAAACGAGUCCCUCUGAAGAAAUUAGGUCAGAGAAUGGGGAUAGUACAGUUGGAUUAGAGCUGGAUGAUUUAUUUGGAAUCGACGAGUUAAACUGGACAUUUGAGAAGGAUGCAGUCUCCCCUCUUUUCGACAUUGGAUUGACUGAAAUAGGUGUGGGUGACACAACAGAUCAAGAUUUUUGGAUUGGCACGUCCAGGACCCCAUCGCCCGAAGGAGUGUCUGCUGUUCAGAAAAGGAAGGGGAGAGAUGACCGGUCUGGGCACAUGAUCAACAAAAACGCUGUCGCUGCGCGAAUUAAUCGUCUGAAAAAGAAGGAAUACGUGAACGGGCUGGAAAAUAAAGUCGGGUCUCUGUCGUCAGAAAACCGCAUACUCAAACAGGAAAAUGUCCAAUUGAAUAAGAGGGUAGAAGAGUUGGAAGAUGAGACGAGGUACCUGAGAGCUGUGUUGGCCAACGAGAGCAUGUUAGCCCAGCUGUUGUCAAGGCUGAGCGGUGUGAACGGCAUGAAAUUAUCUUCCUCACUUUUCCAGGGGUCCAACAAGAGUGACGACCACGAUUAUGCCUUGCCGCGGAAACGUGUGAAGGUGGAGGAAAAGGAGACUUCUGGUGGUGUCUGUCUGCACGUGGACAAGAACAACGUCUCAGUGGAGUUCUGCACUAAGUGUGCAGAGAGUGCAAGCGCAUCACUCAAAAUUUUUCUUCUAGGUGAUGAUUGUUCUACCAUGCUGGAUGAAUGGGUUACAGAACGUCCCUGUCUGCUUGGCUCCAUGUGGAUUCUGCUGUUCUGGAAGCUGAAGAGGCGGGACCCGCUGCUGCCAACUUGGCCUGGUAUUUUUUUAAAGGUAGUAUAACGAAGGGUGUAAGUGACUACAUUCAACCAGUAUCCCAUAACACCUUCUUUGUUAAAAGUAGUGAAUUUAGAAUAUAUUGUGGAUGACAAGUGUUCCACUACCUAUUACAUUGACAAUAUUAGAGGUCCUAUAACGGUUUGUUCACAAGUUUAACCUGACUUGUUGACACAUUGGUAUGUAAACUAGUUGUUGAAAAAACAACAACUAGUCAAACUAUCUUGUUAUCGAUGUGAUCCUGAAAGAAAUGGACACCACCAAUUUUGUAUGAAGUGACAAUCUUAAAGAAUGUUAUGUAAAGUACAAAGAUGUUGUGGCAACUUUUUUUUUCUAAAUGAGAGAACAAUGUUUCAGGAACAUGGAUAUGAUUGAAAAUAAAUCUUAUUUUGAUUAUACACGUUUCAGUUAUAUUUUACCUUGAAUGUGACCCAAUGUAUUUGACAUUAACACAUCUCUUUUUCUCUUUUCAAACAGCAAGCUCUUUCUGCAGACAAAGGUCUAUCAAUUCCUCAACAAAAUGGAAAAAUGUGGUGAUGGUUUGUGAGGGCUGAUUUCAGUGGAGAGUUCAAAGCCUACUAGUCCGAUGUACUUGUUUUUACAUAAUGCUGCUGCAUUUAGUUUUAAAGUGACAUUUCACUCAAAUCAGCUUCAGGUGUUUUCAGACUUCAAAAUUGGUGUCAUGAGUAAGUUCAUGUUCCACCCCACCACCUGUAUAGAUCCAGCAGUAUGCCUCAAUCCCAAAUGUCCCCCCCC